GCCAUAAUAAAUACGUCUCAUAAGUUUCCCCACUUUGUCUAUAAACUCCUUUGCCAACCAAUCCAUAUUCAUUCUCUUUAUUACAUCUAUUUCCGUUUCUUUCUCCUUCUUAAACUCUAUACCCCAUUUCCAUGGCCGUAGCCAUGACCCACUUGGCUCCAAUAUUCCGAACCGAAUCCGGACCCUGGUACCAAACCAACGGUGACCACCAAUCCAACUACUUAGAAAAAAGACAGCUCUUCCUUAGAAGCUACCAGUUUAGCAGGAAGCAAAGCUUGGGUGAAAGAAUCAAGAGGUCUUUGGUUCGGGUCAAGCGUCUCCUUCUUGUUCGCGCUCGCUCCGUUCGUAAGAUUCGUAAGGUGGUUUGGUCUAGACUUAGGUUCGUUAUUUAUAACAAGAGAAGAAGGUUGUUUAAACUCCUUAAUCAAUAUUAUUAUUUCAACAACAUCAAAAAUAGCAAUUAUGAGCUUUUUGGUAGAUCAAAUAUUAACUCUCCUCCUUAGCUAGCUUGUGUUGGUAGUACUAAUUAACUUUUGUUUAAUAUUUUUUAAUUUAUAUUUUAAGUAUGUUUAUAGUUUUGGGAAGGGGAUUUAAUUGUAGGAACAAAGUAUGGGUUAGAUAUAAGAACUACUACUAUUAUUAGUAACUUUUGUUUUUUUUUAGUUUUAGAUGUAAAAAUGUUGUAUUUAUUGGUUUGUUAUUAAUUACGUAUGCAAUUGAUCGAUAUUGAAUAAGAGAAUUAUUGCUAGCGCCAA